AUGGACGCUGUGGAACUUACCAGAAAGCUGCAAGAGGAGGCCACUUGCUCCAUCUGCCUGGACUACUUCACAGACCCGGUGAUGACCGCUUGUGGGCACAACUUCUGCCGAGAAUGCAUCCAGAUGAGCUGGGAGAAGGGGAGACGGAAGAAAGGGAGAAGGAAGAGGAGAGGCUCCUUCCCCUGUCCUGAGUGCAGGGAGAUGUCCCCACAGAGGAACCUCCGGCCCAACCGCCUGUUGACCAAAGUGGCCGAGAUGGCCCGCCAGCACCCCGGCCUCCAGAAGAGAGACCUGUGUCAGACGCACCAGGAACUGCUGAAACUGUUCUGCCAGGAGGACCAGAGCCCGAUCUGCGUCAUCUGCAGAGAGUCCCGAGAACACCGCCCCCACACUGUGUUCCCUAUCGAUGAGGCCAUCCAGGAUUACAAGGUGAAGCUGGAAGAAAACAUAGAGUACCUGAGAGAGGAGAUGAUGAAGACUGAGGCAGCGCUGGCCCGACAAGACCGAACAGUGAAAGAAUGGCAGGAGGAGGUGAAGAGCCGGAGAGACCGCAUAGCGAUGGAGUUUGAGAAGAUGUGCAUCUUCCUGGCUGAGGAGGAGAAGCGCCUUCUCCAGACCCUGAAGAAGGAGGAGGAGGAGACGGUGGAGAAGCUGCGCGAGAACAAGGCCGUUCUGGUCCAGCAGAGCUCCUCCUUGGAGAUGCUGCUCCUGGAGCUGGAGGACAAGAGGGAGCAUUCAGCGCUGCAGAUGGUGCAGCUUCAUUCACACGCCCAGCAGCCUCCCAGCCUGCUCACUCGUGGGGCAGGACAGAGCCUGCCACAGCUCCUCAGCUCCUGCGGCAUUUGCUGGUGGGGGCGCUGGCCCGGCUUGGGGCGCUGGCAGCCUCCCAGCUCCUGGCAGCAGCAGAGGCUGCACCAACAGGGCAGCGGCACCCAGGGCCGCCACCACCAGCUGCCGGCUGUGCUUCUGGCACCCGCAUACCCGUUCACCCGCUCACCGCCCGGUCCCGGAGGCCACCUCUCCUCCACCCUGUAUGUCUCCCACGCUGAUAUGAAUCAUCGAUUUGACAGGAUAAAGAGUCUGAAGACACAGUACCCAGAGACCCUCCCCACCAAGCUGAAGACAGUGUGCAGGGUUCCUGGGCAGAUAGAGGUGCUCAAGUGUUUCCAAGUGGAUGUGGUACCCGAUGCUGUCACGGCAUACCCCUACCUUCUCCUGUAUGACAGCCGCCAGAGGUGCUACCUCAAUUGCCCGCUGGACAGCAUGCUCCGUGGCCAGGACAGGUUCCUCGCCUACCCCUGUGUGCUGGGCCAGACGGCCUUCUCUGCGGGGAGACACUACUGGGAGGUGGGCAUGAACCUCACCGGGGACGCGCUGUGGGCUCUGGGUGUGUGCAGAGACAACAUCAGCCGGAAGGAGCGGGUCCCCAAGUCCCCCGAGAAUGGAUUCUGGGUUGUGCAGCUGUCCAAGGGGAAGAAAUACGUACCCAUGUUCUCGGAUGCCACCCCCUUCACGCUGAUGGAGCCCCCCAGCCACGUGGGGAUCUUCCUGGACUAUGAGGCUGGGGAUGUUUCCUUCUACAACGUGAAUGACGGAUCUCACCUGCACACUUACUCCCAGGCCACCUUCUCGGGCCCUCUCCAGCCUUUCUUUUGCCUUGGGGCUCCUAAAUCAGGCCAGAUGGUGAUCUCCACAGUGACCGCAUGGGUGAAGGGAUAG